GAAGCAUCAGCUGUCCUCUGUCCAUGAAGCCAUGUCAUGGCUUUCCAGCAGCCCAGGGUCGAGCUUCUGCAGGCCCAGGAUGCACAGUGCGGUGAAGGAUUCAGAUGACCUGAUCCUCCGUGCUCCAGAACGGAUUACAAAAACACAGCGUCUGACCCUGUGCAGCAAAGAGAUGGUUAUGGAGAAGCCCAGCCCGCUGCUGGUGGGGCGGGAGUUCGUGAGGCAGUAUUACACUUUGCUGAAUAAAGCACCAGAGUACUUACACAGGUUUUAUGGCAGGAAUUCUUCCUAUGUUCAUGGAGGAGUAGAUGCUAAUGGAAAGCCCCAGGAAGCUGUUUAUGGCCAAAAUGACAUACACCACAAAGUGUUGUCUCUGAACUUCAGUGAAUGCCACACGAAGAUCCGCCAUGUGGACGCACAUGCCACCUUGAGUGAUGGAGUUGUUGUCCAAGUCAUGGGCUUGCUGUCUAAUAGUGGGCAGCCAGAAAGGAAAUUCAUGCAGACCUUUGUUUUGGCUCCAGAAGGGUCUGUUCCAAAUAAAUUUUAUGUUCACAAUGAUAUGUUUCGUUAUGAAGAUGAAGUAUUUGGUGAUUCUGAACCAGAACUUGAUGAAGAAUCAGAAGAUGAAGUGGAAGAGGAGCAAGAAGAAAGACAACCUUCUCCGGAACCUGUGCAAGAAAAUGCCAACAGUGGUUACUACGAAGCUCUGGAGGAGAAGAACUUAGAAGAACUGGAGGAGAAGUCUACUACUCCUCCCCCCGCAGAGCCUGUUUCUCUGCCUCAAGAACCACCAAAGGCUUUCUCCUGGGCUUCAGUGACCAGUAAAAACCUGCCUCCUAGUGGUACUGUUUCUUCCUCUGGAAUUCCACCCCAUGUUAAAGCACCAGUCUCACAGCCAAGAGUUGAAGCUAAGCCAGAAGUUCAGUCUCAGCCACCACGUGUGCGUGAACAACGACCUAGAGAGCGACCAGGUUUCCCUCCUAGGGGACCAAGACCAGGCAGAGGAGAUAUGGAACAGAAUGACUCAGACAACCGUAGAGUAAUUCGCUAUCCAGAUAGUCAUCAGCUUUUUGUUGGUAACUUGCCACAUGAUAUUGAUGAAAAUGAACUGAAAGAAUUUUUCAUGAGUUUUGGAAAUGUCGUGGAACUUCGCAUCAAUACCAAGGGUGUUGGGGGAAAGCUUCCAAAUUUUGGCUUUGUGGUUUUUGAUGACUCUGAACCAGUUCAGAGAAUCUUAAUUGCAAAACCAAUCAUGUUUCGAGGAGAAGUGCGUUUAAAUGUGGAAGAAAAGAAAACAAGAGCUGCGAGAGAGCGAGAAACCAGAGGCGGUGGUGAUGACCGCCGAGAUAUCAGGCGCAAUGACCGGGGUCCUGGCGGCCCGCGCGGCCUCGUGGGUGGUGGGAUGAUGCGCGACCGAGAUGGAAGAGGGCCUCCUCCGCGAGGUGGCAUGCACCCAGCUGAACUAAAUCAGGUUGGUGCUUGUAUGGAAGAUCCACCUAAGGAUUGUUGCCAACAGCAUAAAAGGAGAACUGUCAAGGAAGAAGGGGUGCAGUUGGUUCUCCUGGGACUGUUGGUUCUGCUGGAGGAGUUUGUCACAUUGGCUUUCCUGAUAUGA